AUGUCGGCCUUCGAUGAAUUAGCCGUCCCACAACUCCGUUCCAUAGCCCAAAUCCUCGAUUUGAAGCCUGGGAAAAAAGCAAAGAAGCCUGCAAUAUUAGGUUCAAUCAAUAAGCACCUCGGCACCGGGGCUGAUCCAAAGUAUGAAGAAUGGACUUGCAACGCCGCGCUGGCGGUAGCUAAGGCAAGAGGUCUUACAGUGGCAGAGCAAGAUAAAAACAACAUCGAGGCUAUUGCGGCGGUGAUGAGAGCUGCCGACGACCUGCAGCCCCAGACACGCUCCAAAUCCCCCAUCAGGUUGGAUGGCUCCUCUGGCUCCUCUGGCUCCUCAAGCCCGGCGACAGUGAUUCAUCAACCUCAUUCGGGAAGUCCUCCAAGUCUAGCCAGUGAAGCUGAAGCAGGUGCUGGCAGUUCUUCAGCAGGCGCUGAGCCGGCAAAAAGAGGCAGAGGUAAUUCUCCCUCACAAGUGGGAGGGGUGGACAAUGCCAGCGACAGCGCGCAGAAUCCAAACAAAAAACCGGAAAUAACGGCUGGCGAACGACCAGUAGAAAGUGAUGCCAACAUGUCAGAGGCUGACGCAGCCGACCCCGCGGCGGUCCAGGCCAAGACACUGCACGAUAAAGCGACUGAUCAUGCCGACAAGGCGAUAAAGAAUGCUCUGAAAAGCAAAUCUGUUACCAACCCUCAAGAGUCCGAGGCGGCCCUGACAGAAGCGCAAAAGGAGGCCGAACUUGCGAAAGCAUCAGCCCAGGCACUCAACAGCCAGAAGACGGCGGAUCAGGAUCAGAAGGAGCACGCAAAUGCCUCUGCCGCCAUAGCAGCCGGCGUGACGGCCAAUGCAAACGCUGAACAUCAACGCCAGCCGAGCACUGAAGCAGCUUCAGAACAGGCUGGGCCUAGCCAAAUUCCCGCCCCGGUCGAGAUACCGGGCAACAAAGGAGCUUCAGGCGUGGGACCCCUGGUUGUUGCACGCAAGGGGGGCGACAAAGAAUUUCUCUCCUCGGUUAAACCAACCAACCUGUCGAGGAGCGGCCAAAAAUUUCUACAAGAAGCAGAAGCAUUCCUACGAGCGGCUUCCACCGGCGAGUCUACUGUGAUCUCGAACUUCCGGGACACGCUGAGCCCAUCUAAGCCCCGGGACGCUUCGGCGCCAAGUGCUGAAACCACCCCGGAUAAGGAUUCUGAGCCGGCGAAAACAUCCGAAAUUUAUGUGCACCCGCCCAACGAGACCAAAUGGAAGGCUUCAGAGUUCUCAUGGGAGGAUCAUUUUGAGAGCAUAACAAUUGUCCCUGCUCCUGAUUUAAACAAGCCCAAUCCAAACAGACCACGGCUGGGCUUUACUGAUGUUGGUCCAUUUACCAAUGAUCCAGAACGCUGGGUGAACUUUGCGGAUCCAUGGACUGGACAAAGAUACGACGGCUUUGUUCUGAACAUAAGCAAGAAGCAGCAGUUGAUGGUAGAGUAUGGUGGCAACAGUAACGCACGCCAGAGCCGAGGUGUCAUGUUGCCUGCUCCCUCCUACCGACAGCAGCGAACUCAAUUCGAAAAGUGGUUAAAGAAAGGGACUGUGGAGAUUCAGCAUGGCCACGAGGAAGAUUUGGCAGGACUCAAGUUUAGGGACUUGGAUAUUGAUAGGUGCAUUGUCUUUGAAUUUCUCACCCCUUCAGAGUAUGAUUUAAGAGAUGCGGACGUGCGUGUCUUGAUUCGUACGACUCUCCAAUCAGAGGAGUCCCACAAUCAAUUCUACACACGCUCCCAGCUCGAGCGCACUCUAGGCUCUGCAAUGAAACAAUGGAUUCAGGAGAAUCGGCCAACGCCACAGCAUGAGCAUGCAGCGGAUAACAAGAUGGAGAGAAAAGCUAACAGGGGAAGUAAGCGUUCUGGCAAACAAGAUCAUGACAUGUCCCAGCGUCUUCUCAGGCUUGAGGACAAUAUGGAUAGGUUAGUUAAGCUACUUAUGGACACUCAUGCGUGA